CGUCCAGCAGCUGAUCGGUAAUCCAGAAGAUGUUUCCCCUCAGUUAGGGGGGAGCUCCACUUUGAAGCAGGAGACUCCACAACCACCCUGCAUUAAAAAGGAAGAGGAGGAACUCUGGAUCACUCAGGAGGGAGAGUGUCUUCUAGGACGAGAGGAAGCUGAUUACGAGGUUGAAGUAACUUUGAGCAGCGAUACAGACUGUGAAGGUGAUAUGAGGACUCACACUGACAAACAAUUUGAAUGCUCUAAGAGGAAGAAAGGUAAAUUACAUUUCAGUUGUUCAAUUUGUGCUAAGAGCUGUACUCAAAACAGCAAGUUGACUCAGCACAUGAGAACACACACAGGUGAAAAACCAUUUAUUUGUUCAGUUUGUGGCAAAAGCUUUUCUGUUAAGAGAAAUUUGACUCAACACAUGAGAACACACACAGGUGAAAAACCAUUUAUUUGUUCAGUUUGUGGCAAAAGCUUUUCUGCUAAGAAACAUGUGACUCAACACAUGAGAACACACACAGGUGAAAAACCAUUUAGUUGUACAAUUUGUGGCAAAAGCUUUCCUGUUAAGAGAAAUUUAAAUGAACACAUGAGAACACACACAGGUGAAAAACCAUUUAGUUGUUUAGUUUGUGGCAAAAUCUUUUCUCGGAGUACCUCUUUGACUCUACACAUAAGAACACACACAGGUGAAAAACCAUUUAAUUGUUCAGUUUGUGGCAAAAGCUUUUCUCGGAGUACAUCUUUGACUCUACACAUGAGAACACACACAGGUGAAAAACCAUUUAAUUGUUCAGUUUGUGGCAAAAGCUUUUCUCGAAAUAUCAAUUUGACUAGACACAGGACAACACACACAGGUGAAAAAACAUUUAAGUGUUCAGUUUGUGGCAAAAGCUUUUCUCAAAAUAGCAUUUUGACUCAACACAUGAGAACACACACAGGUGAGAAACCAUAUAAGUGUUCAGUUUGUGGCAAAAGCUUUUCUGAUAAGAGCCAUUUGACUCGACACAUGAUAACACACACAGGUAAAAAAACAUUAAAUUGUUUAGUUUGUGGCAAAAGCUUUUCUGAAAGUAGCAAUUUGACCAGACACAUGAGAACACACACAGGUAAAAAAACAUUUAGUUGUUCAGUGUGCCGUAAAAGGUUCGCACAUAAUGCAGUCGCAGUAAAACACAUAAGAACACACAAGGGAAAAUAACCAAUUAGCUGUUUAGUUUGUGGUAUGUUGCUCAUAUAUGGUGACAUCCACCCUACCCAGGACCUCCUCACUGCUUCUUUCACAAAUAUCUGAGGUAUUAAUACAAACGUGGAUUAUUUGGAGCAUAAUAUUAUCUACUCAUGACCCCAUGUCUUCACUGUAUCUGAAACCACUGGACGCGAGAUGAGUUUGCGAAGUGUAAAAUUCAGUUGCAUUUUUAAUGAAAGAAACUGUUGUUCUAAAUGUGUCCGCUGGAUGUCGCAAUAGCAAUUCUGUUAGGCAAGCAAAUAGAUUAUACCGGGGCGAGCAAGUAUACCAAGCAAGAGGUACACGGUAAAGCGGGGCUGUGACUCCUCCCCCUCCACACAACGUAAAACAGUAGUAAAAUAAGCAAUCAGUAACCCCACUUAAAAUGCAGCAUGAGACACUGCACACUGAUAUAGUUCUGUGAAAAUGAUUGUCUUCUGUGCAAAUGUAAAGAAAGUGAACAGUGUGUGAUUUACUGCAAUACUGUCAGUCUUUUAACUUUUUAUUUGUGCUUUGUUGAAAUUGUUCACACAUUGCACAGCUUUUAUUUUCCUAUCAAUACACAUUAUGUCUAGAAGACAGGAAGUAACUCAACACUCUUGAAUAGUUUAUACCUCAGUUUGUAUGGUUUGUUGAGUUAGCACAGGAUUAAUAUGUGGAAAUGACAAAUGAGGUAGUUGAUACAUAGAAUAGUUUUUAUUCAUGCUUUAUUUAGUUUUUUGUUCAAUCCUAGAUGGGUUGUGACUUAAAAUUUAAUUGCUUUGUAGAUAAACUGAGAUUAAGUCUAAAUUCAUUUUGUUCUUCAAGGUGUUUUUGAAAAUGCACCAGUUUUUUCCUCUAAAUGUUCAACCAACUUGAAGUGUUUUGUCAAGAGGAUUAUUUGUGAUAUGUACAUUUUCAUAAUGUGCUUGUUCUAUUUUGGGCCGAAAUAAAAUAAAGAAAACAAUCUGAAGUUAGCUAAAAUGAGUUUGACACCCCUGCUGUAAUGUGACUCAUGUGAGCAGGUUACUGUAUAAACACAUUUUGUUAUAAGUUAUAAAAAUGUGUUCAGUUCUCAGAGACACAUCAAUGUCAGGCUGACAAUCGCUCUUCAGCUUUCUCCAAACACGAGAACAAAGCAGCUCCUACUGACUUGUGAUUGGUCAGACCGUGCCCAUCUUAAUCACAUGGCUAAUUUCAAUAUAAUAAAUUGCGAUGUAACACAAUUGAAUAUCUUAUAUGCUCAGACAGUAAUGUGUUUAUAUAAGUUUGGAUUGUGUUAUGAUGUUUGUAAUGGGGAAAGACGUUAAUGUGUCUUGUUUUCAUUUUUGCAUUUAAGAUAGUUGACAUUUAGCAUGAUAGCUGUUAACUGGCAAUUAGUGAUGUUAAGUGCCUAAGAUGGUAGUUAUUGAUUAGCAGUGCGAUGAGGGCUUUCUGCUGGUGAGUGAUUCUGGUGUUUUACAGGAUUCAUGGAAGUUUAUUGUCAUACCAGCACACGAUACACAUGAGAUGGCACACAAUUUAGUAGCACGUGAACAAUAGGAUUGGUCCUGGUGGAGAUCUACACUCUUAGUGCUUUUAGUGCUUUUCUUCUUUAUUCAGAGUAAUCAUUUGACUUUCUAAAGGUUUUUAUCUAAAACAACUAAGUUGGGUUGAAAAAUAAUUCUGUGUUUCUUGUAGUAUUUAAAAUGUAUGAUUUUUUUUCCUUCAAUGUAUGCCCUUUUUCUGGUUUGAACAAAAGCCAUGGAAAAAGUCUGUGCACGUGCUUGUAUAUACAUCUUUUUUAAUUUUCAAAAAAUAGUUGUCGACUAUUUGAUG